UUAACUCCUCCUCUUUUCACUCGCGGAGAAAAAAUUGAUUUAGCAUGGCCGCUGUGUUCAGGAGUGCCGAAGUUCAACCAAUACUUAUAUACUGAGUUUAAAUACUGUACGAGGCUUGAUAUUUAGUAAACAGGGGUCUACCGACAAUUACAGGAGCUCUGAUAGCUCCCCCACUAUAUUCCUAUGAGCAGAAUGUGGAUUUACCUGUUUUCAGCGCUAUAUGCGCUUGUCUCUACAGGUGUAUAUCAGGUGGAAGGAAUGGAGGUGUUUACAUCCUCAGAGUUGGAGGCAGUCAAUGGGACAGAAAUACGUCUCAAAUGUACAUUUAAAUCUAACCGUCCGCUCUCUGAAGAAAAGACGUCUGUAUCCUGGAGCUUCAUGCCACUUGGAAAGACGAAAGAAGAACCUUUUUUCCACUACCAGGGAAGGGCAUAUCCUCCUCCUGGCGGCCUGUUUAAGGAUCAUGUGGUAUGGUCUGGUGAUGUAAUGAAUGGUGACGGAUCCAUCACACUGCAGGAUGUGCAGUUCAGCUUUAAUGGUACCUACAGCUGCCAAGUCCUAAAUCCGCCCGACAUCCAGGGCUUUGCAGGAGAGAUCAAACUCCGAGUCGUUCAGAAAGUUUCAUUCUCUGAAAUCGGGAUUCUGGCUAUCGCUGUGGGUGGAUCCAUUGGCGUCAUUCUCCUCAUCCUAAUCAUCUACAUCGUUGUGCGGGUAUUUCGGAGACGGGAUGAGGAUAUGACCAUUGAGAUGGAGGACCACAGGUCAAAGGAUCAGGUUUUGUGAAGGAGGAUUUUUGACACUGUGGUUUAUUCUGCUAUUUGAUCCCUGUCUGGGAUAUGACUAGUGAAAUAUGCCGAAUUCUCUAAUUAUAUGAGCAGAAUAUAUUGCAGAAUAUCUAGAAACCAUAUUGAUCACUACAGUUUUACAGUGACAUGUUUUUGUUUGUCAUGAUAUGUUUUUAUUUGAUGACUUUUUUAAUGUUUGAAAGCUAGCGGUAAAUAUUAUUUCAUUUUAUAUAAAUAAAGUGAGAAAAUUUAACCUUUCUAUUCCUAAAAAGAUAUAAAAUAUCAGUUCACUUAUGUACAUAACUUCAUUGCUGCUUUUUUAUCACAUCAUUCUAUAACUAUUGCACUGUUUUACAGCAGUUUCUACUGUCACACGUGUAUGUGAUCUGCAUAUUUACAUGCGUGUCUCCAUACAAAUGUGGGUGCAUUUCUGCGUUUGUAUAUUAUAUGUUGUUCACAAACCUGUGCAGCAGAAAAAAAUCAUAUUUGUGUAAAAGAGCAGUAUAAUUUCUAAAAUCAGUUAAACAUUUUGAGAAUGGAUGAAAAGAAACUGCAUCAAAUAAUAAUGAUCGAACAAAUAUUUGUGCACCUUUAUUGGUGCUUGUUACAUAAACCUCAAAUCUCCAGGGUUGUGGGAUUCUCUUUUCUUAAAUGCUGGGAUGCUUUGAAAUUUGAACAUUUUUUCAAAGUGAAUUUAUUUAUUCUUCAGUCCUAGUUUAAUCAGACUGUAUUUUCAAAACAUAGUUGUUUUUUUUUUAUUCCGUGCUUGUUUUUGUUACAUAUGACAAAAUGUUUAUAAUUUUUUAAAGAGAUUUUAAAAGUAAAAAUACUUGUUUGAGAA